AUGGAAGAGAAUGAAGUAUACGCGAUCGAAACAUUCGGUAGUACGGGCAAAGGCCAUGUCCAUGAUGACAUGGAAUGCAGCCAUUAUAUGAAGGAUUAUGAACUCCAUACCGAGCAUGUCCCACUAAGACUGGCGCGCUCGAAGAACCUGCUCAAUGUGAUCAACAAGCAUUUUGGGACACUGGCGUUUUGUCGACGAUGGCUGGAUCGUUUGGGCGAGACGAAGUAUCUGAUGGCACUCAAGGAUCUUUGUGAUAAGGGUAUCGUCCAGGCUUAUCCGCCACUGUGCGAUAUCAAAGGCUCCUACACCGCCCAGUGGGAACAUACAAUCGUGCUACGACCAACAUGCAAAGAGGUGCUCAGCCGUGGUGAAGAUUACUAG